UGACAAUACAUCAUAGCCAUUGCUAAUGCAGACAGGAAAGCUGGAAUACCCAAGGAGAGAGCAUGGCUUUGCUAUUGUUCCUGAUUCUGGGGAACACACUUUAUUUUGUGGUUUCAGAUCAGACCUCUCCUGAUUCAAAUCAUACACCAAAUUCCAUUUCAACUGCAUCUACACACCAUGGUCAAGUGGUUACAACUCCUUUUACACCUGAGCCCUCUACAAUUUCUCUGAUAACGCAGGGUGAUACCACUUUAUCCACUGCUGCACCUACACACCAAGGUCACGUGGUUACAACUCCUUUUACACCUGAGCCCUCUACAACUUCUCUGGUAACGCAUGGUGAUAUCACUACAUCCAUUGCUGCAUCUACACACCAUGGUCACGUGGCUACAGCUUCUUUUACUGCUGAGCAUAAAACUUCUCUGCACGGUGAGAUCACAUCAUCCACUGCUGCAACUACACAGCAUGUUCAAGUGACUAUAGCUUCUCUUACCACUGAGCACCCUAGAACUUCUCCGAUAUUUCAGGGUGGUGUCACAUCAGCCACUGCUGAAUUAUCCAAGCCAACAAUAAAGUGCCAAAGAGUGAACAACACAUGGGUGGAAAUAAUUUGUUUGUCAGUGUCUGUUACUCCACCCAUUACAUAUAAUGUGCUGCGGAAUAAUAUAAGUUAUAACACAGUAAACCAACAAGGUGCGAUGCCUGAGAAGAUUCUGAUUCCUCUAACAUCUGGCAGCAAGGUUGAACUCCUUUGCAAAGCACAGAAAGGUUCUGUUACAAAGUACAGUGACCCACUGCUGAUAUGUGAAGAUGAAGCCAGUAACAAGGAACCGGAAAAGUCAACAGAAGACCAAGGCGCAAGACAUCUCAUUAACAUAUCACGUCUUAUAACUUCAUGGGGGCGUGAAAAGGAGACCUAUAUUAUUUUAAAAGUCUGUGUCCCCAUAAUCAUCUUGACCUUGUGCCUGUUCAUCUUUGUCACAAUAUUCUGUUACAAAGAGAAGAAUGUUAAGUAUCAAGUGUGAAUCUUCUAUUGUGGGAUAAUGCCAAGAAUAUAUUGUACACAGAUACCAUGGAUAAUGCCUUACAAACCUACAUAUUUGCUGUGUGUAUUUCUACAAUGCACUGGAUGCCAUCCAAAUGUCCAAGAAGUGGUUGUAUAAUUUGAACCAAUAUGUUUCCUUGAGAUUCUACAAAGAAUGUACCAAAUAUUUCAGGGAGGAGGCAUUAUUGUACUGCAACUAUAUUAUAAAAUGUCUAGAACCUGAAUUUGUCUGUCAGCCUUUAGUUGGCAAUUUUCUGUUUUUCAGUUUUUUCAAUUCAGUAUUUUUUUUAAGAUUGUGCCAAGGCUAUAUUAACAGAUGCCAUGUGUAAUGCUUUACAACAUGCUUAUGUUUGCUGUGUGUGGUUUCAUGAUGUGCUGGAUGCCACACAAAGGUCCAAAAAGUCAUUGUACCAUUUGUAAAAUUAUGUUGGCUCGAUAUGUUUCCUUGAGAUACUCACUUUGAAGUGAUUAAAACGUGAAUGUACCUAUUUAAAAAGCAGUAUCUAGCUUCCACUGAAUUGUGCACAAAAAUAUAACAAAGGGGGAAUUACUAUAAUUAUUGUUACUUUAUAAAAUAUUUUGGGGAGUUCUUGUAACAUAAUCGCUUGGUAGACUACAGUUGCCUCCAGACUCACAAUGAUUUAGAUUUUGUUGUCAUAAACAUCCAUUUUGUUUUAUAUAUGUGAAAGUUCACAUAUAGAUUUUUACUUUUAAUUUACAUGUAUCUCUUGCUCAUGUAAUGUAGCAAUUAAUAUGACAGAUUUUACAUAUAAACACUUAUAAUGUAUGCACAUAAUCUUUAUCUGAGAUGCACCAAAUGCAGUUUUCCAUUUGGGAAUGACCUUUACUUAUUUUUAGAUGACUUUGAACUGGCCGAAUUCUCAUCUAAUGAUGGUGUCAUAUCACUUAUCUAAUUACAGCCGAGGUACAGUAUAUUACAAUCUAAACAUUUCAGAGGGUAAUUAAAGGCUCAUAGAAAAUA